GCACAUCCUGCCAAGGAUUGUUGAUCACUUUUUGGAUUCUCGGGUUGAAUUGGUUUGCGUGACUCAUCACCAUAACCCCCGUAGUUGACUAUUACUAUACUACAAGCUUAAAUAUCCUCUUCCCCUCCCUCUGAAUCUUCCAUCCCAUUCAACCAUUUCACGACCGUUGAACCGUUGAACGAAAACAACCAUGCCCGUCGCAACAUCGCCAACCCUCAAUGGGCUCAACGCCUCCGUGAUCAAGGUGACUCGCACCACCAACCCUCGCCCCGUCCCCCUCCCCGGCUCCCCCGAGGAACUCUCCCACUCAUACUGUACAGACCACAUGGUCACGGUGCGCUGGACAGCGACUCACGGCUGGGAGACGCCCGAGGUGCGUCCAUUCCAGAACCUGAGCAUCCCUCCCACGGCGUCCGUCCUGCAUUACGCCACCGAGUGCUUCGAGGGCAUGAAAGUGUACCGCGGCCACGACGGCAAGCUGCGCCUUUUCCGUCCGGACUGCAACGGGGAGAGACUGUCGAAUAGUGCCAAGAGGGCUAGCUUGCCUGAGUUUGAGUAUGAGGAGUUGAAGAAAUUGAUUGCGAAGUUGAUGCAGGUUGAUGGAGCUCGCUGGCUCCCCAAAUCCCAACCGGAAGCCUUCCUCUACCUCCGUCCAACCCUCAUCGCCAAUGGUCCCAACCUCGGCGUCCAAAUCCCCAACGAAGCUCUCCUCUUCAUCAUCGCUGUCCCUUGGCCCGACCCCUCGAAAGCACCCGCCCAAGCCCACCCCACCGCGAAACCAGGCCUGAAACUCCUCGCCUCCCCGCCAGACACCAUCCGCGCCUGGCCAGGCGGUUUUGGCUACGCCAAGCUAGGCGCCAACUACGGUCCCUCUCUCCAGGCGCACGGCCACGCGAAGGCCCAGGGACUCGACCAGGUGCUCUGGCUGUUCGGUCCGGAGCGUUUAGUUACCGAGGCGGGCGCCAGUAACUUCUUCAUCGUCUGGCGGAAUGCAGAGAGUAAGAAGUUGGAGAUGGUGACGCCUGGAUUGGAGAACCAGCUUAUUCUCCCCGGUGUGACGAGACGGAGUGUGUUGGAGUUGGCGAGGGAGAGGCUCUCGGCGGAUACCGCUGGGGGAUUGGAGGCUGUUGAGGUUGUGGAGAGGCAGUUUGGGAUUGAUGAGAUUGAAAAGGCUUGGAAAGAGGGGAGGAUUGUUGAGGCUUUUGUGUCGGGUACUGCCUACUUCAUCUCGCCUGUUUCCACUAUCCGAGAUGGCGGUGUUGAUAUGGACAUGGCUCAGCCGGCUGCUGGAAAGGCUGGAUAUGCUGCGCAGAUCAGGGAGUGGCUGGGCGCAAUCAUGUUUGGUAACGAAGACCACCCAUGGGCUUACGUUAUUGAGGAAGAAAGUGAGAAAUAAAGAAAGACAGACAGCCGUGAAGAGCAGGACAUUAAUUACAUAUACCUUACCUCUAUUGUAAAUAUUUUUCAACUACAGCGUAUAUAGUUUGAGACAAAUGAAUCGGAAAAGCUGCAUGUCCGGGA